GGAGGAGGAGGAGGAGGAAGAAGGUUCGGAAGCUUUCAGAGCUGGUGAUUAAUAAAAAGGCUCGUAAAAGGCCACAGCAGCGCUAACAACAUGACCAAACACGAGUUUGCAGUGGAAAUGAUUUGUGAAGGAUGCUCAGGAGCUGUCAACAGAGUCCUGAGCAAGCUUGGCGAAGAAGUGAAGUUUGAGAUCGACCUGCCUAAGAAGCUGGUUUUGAUAGAGUCUGAUAAAGAUGUGGAAUUCCUCAUGACUACGCUGAAGAAAUGUGGAAAGGAGGUGAAGUACAACGGCCCGAAGUGAAGGCUGCGACUGCACAGCAGGAGUAAUUUGCUGCUGGAAUUUAACUUCUGUGCCUGUCCAUUAGAAUCUGCUGGACUCUGACGCCAAGCUAACACGCACAUGCAGGUCUACUUUCUAUGUUGGCGUUCAUACAGCUGUUUAUUAAUCAAGAAUGUGUCCGAUACGUCCCAACAACAACAAACCCAGAGGGUAGAGGAUGUUUUGGAUCAUUUUAUUUUAAUGAAGCAUUAUGUACGAAAGGCGGACAAACCCGGACAGUCCUCUGUUGGCACACUGUGUGCGCAAACAUAAGCUGUAGCUACGAGCUGUGUUUCUAAAAGUCACUCUUGCCUUUGACACGACUCACACUCCUUUAAACUGUGACGCCCAAAGUAAUCAGACGCCUUUGUCCCAACACUAACUCAACAUUAUUGCUUCUGUUGGACGUGACAUCAGAAUACAUGAAGGCAUUUAUAGAGUUAGAAUAUUUUUAAAAUUGCUUUUCUCUUAGUGCUGUUUAAAUCACCUAAAUAAAAUCAUGUUUAUGCACAUUUACU